GUGAAAAGCGGAUGUUUUCCAGCCUGUGCACUUCCGGGUGGCUCAGCUAACGUUAGCGGUGCAGACAAACAGAAAUCUCGGGACAAUGGCAGCAUAAGAUUAGCUCUCUGAGAGGCCUGAAGAUGAUGAACCUGUUUAUAAUGAUCCUGCUGGCUCCUUGCUGGGUCAACGGAGCUGUCAAGUCAAGAAUUACCACCGAGGACCACCUCGACAAAAAACCGGAGUUCGAUGUUCUGAACUCCUUCCUGUCAGACUUUGAGGUGCUGCCAUUGUCGGGCCUCCAGCUGCACUCAGUCAGGAAGAGGGACGUCCACACCCAGUCCCACCUGGAGAGGCUGGUGAGCUUCACAGCCCUGCACAGACGUUUCAAGCUUUACUUGACCACCAACACGGACCUUUUCACAGAUAACUUCAAAGCUGUGUUUGUAGAUAAACAUGGGAUGGAGGAGAACUAUGAUAUUCAGCUUCAGAACUACUUCACAGGACAUCUUGUCGGAGAGGAGAAUUCACGUGUGCAGGCACACAUAGAUGGAGAUGAGUUUUCUGCUCACAUUCUAACCGAUGAAGCGGAGUACAAUGUAGAGCCCCUAUGGAGGUUUAUAGAUUCCCCAACUGAUGGCAGGUUGUUGGUUUAUCGCUCUGAAGACAUCAAGAAUCUCAGUCGCAUCGUUUCCCCAAAGGUGUGUGGUUACGUCCACGCAGAGGACAUGGACCUGCAGCCCCAGACUCCUGGGAGGGACUGGGAUGGGCAGGAGGUGGAACAGAAAAAGGAGAACCACCACAGAGAGAAAAGACAGACACACGACCACAAGAAGAACACUUGCACCCUGCUGCUGGUCGCAGAUUACCGCUUCUUUAAACACAUGGGCCGUGGACAAGAGAGCGUCACUCUCAACUACCUGAUUGAGCUGAUUGAUCGAGUUGAUGACAUUUAUAGGAACACAACAUGGGAUGAUGAAUUCACAGGCUACGGGGUUCAGAUUCAUCAGAUGAUUAUCAACAAGGAGCCUACAAAGCCUCCCCCUGGCAGUGCUGGCAUCGGCUGGGUCCACUAUAACAUGGAGAACAGCUCUGUGACAGGAAAAGAGGUGUGGGACGUGAAGCGACUGCUUGAGCAAUUCAGCUCAGACAUCGCUGGCAACGCCUCUCAGGUGUGUCUGGCCCACUUGUUCACCUACCAGGAUUUUGAUGAGGGCACAUUGGGGCUGGCCUACGUGGCCCCCUCUAAAGCUCAGGCCCUUGGAGGCCUCUGCCCCAAACCUUACUACCCGUCUCACUCCAUCAAGAAGCCCAGUUACCUUAACACAGGCUUGACCAGCACCAAGAACUACGGCAAAACCAUCCUCACAAAGGAAGCAGAUUUGGUGACCACUCAUGAGCUGGGUCAUAACUUUGGAGCAGAGCACGACCCUGACAACAUCCCUUACUGUGCUCCCAGUGACGACCGCGGGGGGAAGUUCGUCAUGUACCCCAUCGCUGUGAGCGGAGACCAUGUCAACAACAAGCGUUUCUCCAACUGCAGCAAGAUCUCCAUUGGAAAGACAUUACGUUUCAAGGCUCCAGCGUGCUUCACGGAGAGGAACAGUAAGGUAUGCGGGAACUCCAGAGUGGAGGAGGGGGAGGAGUGUGACCCCGGGCUACUCCACCUCAAUGAUGACCCCUGCUGCUCCUCCGGCUGCAAGUUCAAACGUGGUGCGCAGUGCAGUGACAGAAACAGUCCCUGCUGUAAUGAGUGCAUGUUUCAACAAGCAGGAGUGAGAUGUCAGGAAUCCAUUAAUGCCACCUGUAAAGGCAUAUCGUCCUGCACAGGCAACAGCAGCCAGUGUCCACCUCCUGAAAAUGCAGCUAAUGACACUGUGUGUGUUGACAACGGCCGCUGUCACAAUGGAGAGUGUAACCCGUUCUGUGAGGCCAUGCAGAAGCUUCAGUCCUGUGCUUGCAAUGAAACGGAAAACUCCUGUAAAGUGUGCUGCAGGGGAUCAGAUGGCCUGUGCUCUCCCUUCGUCCAGGCCAAUGGCAGCUUGCUUUACCUUCGUAAAGGAAAACCGUGCACUGUGGGCUUUUGUGAUGAGGGCGGAAAGUGCAUGAAGCAGGUGCAGGACGUCAUUGAGAGGUUGUGGGAUUUUAUCGACAAGCUGGACAUAAACACGUUUGGAAAGUUCCUGGCUGAUAACAUCGUGGGCUCAGUUGUGGUGUUUUCCUUGGUCUUCUGGAUUCCUCUCAGUAUCCUGGUUCACUGUGUGGACAAACGACUUGACCAGCAGUAUGAGGAGAACACAAAGACUUUAUACUACAAUCCAAGUAGUCAAGAAAUGCUGAACCUCGAGUCAGUGUCAGGCUUGCACAUCGUCAAAACUCCUCAGCCUCCCUACUCCUCCACCGGCCGGACCGCGCCCUCCUCCCUGCCCCUGCGGCCUCAUCAGCUAAGCCAGGUCGGGGCCCCUCCCGUGGCCAGCAGCAGUACCCUGGUCCCCGGCCCGAGUUACGACCCCACCCCGGACAGCGCAGGGGGGCUGCGGAUGGCCACCAUCCAGGAGGACACCAGCAGCGACUCUCACCUGGGAGAGGAGGGCCUGUCGGAAGAUUUCACAACCGCAGGAGCCUGCUCGUCGGCUACGAAGUCCUCCUACGAGGAUCUGACAGAACAGAGCCUGCCGGCCAGGGAGCGGCGGCGCCUCCAGAGGCAGAACUGCAUUGAUACUAAGGAGACCGAGUGCUGAGUAAACAAUCAGCAUUAUAGUUUUUUUUUUUAAACCUUUUUUAGAGGUAAAAUCUUAAAAAUGUGGGGAAAUGUUCUACCUCACAAUGUUAAAGAAAGUGGAACAAAACCCUGGGUCUGCCCCCUCAUCGAAGUUAAUGGCUUCUCAUUCUGCCCAUACACCAAGAUCAAUAAAAUCUAUUGUGUACUUUUUGCCUAAUCCUACAAACACAGUCAAAUACCAAUGAAAACAACCCCCCCGAAGGUCAUUGUCUUUUACAUUCUAACCUAUUGACUCAUUGGUUUCUGAUAAUUAAAUUUAAAUCCUAAGAACAAAGGACAUGAAAACUAAGGACAUUGAUCCCAAGGCUCUGUCUGCUUUUGUCUGUGUGUUUUGUUUAAAGUUAGCUGUGAUGUGGACCAUAAGGAAAAAAGGCCUCGUGUUUACUGUGUCGAUCUCGACUUUCCCGCUCAACAAGCUUGCGCACAAAGUUUUACUCUUACUAACUUGUAACGGGUGAAAUAUGUUAAUAUUAUUGAUGUUGUUGCCGUGGUUAUUUACCCAUAGUGGGAAACAUUUCAGUGCGACCUAGCAAACACAAAGAAAACCUGUUUUAAAAGACUUAUUUUAACUGCACUUGAAGUUUUUUUCACAUCAGCAGAGUUGAAUUCAGUUUUGUACAUGUUCUUACUGUUGUGUCAUGAACUGAUGCUUU